UAGAUCUGAUGUUGCAUCCUUGUCCCCGCUGUCCCAGGCUCCACCAGUCGCCUCCCCGCUGACAGAGACCAGACCCGGUCGUCGUGCACGGCGCUCUCUCUCUCUCGGAGACGCGCCCCGGGUUCCGUCCUACCGGAGGCAGCAGCGGCUCGGUGUCUGCAGAGAGAAAGGGGGACCAGCUUCACCUGCACCGGGAUUUAUUAACGCGGAGGUUCCGGAGCCUGUGUCGGAUCCCGUCACCGCCUGAACCGGGACCAUCAGAAGGGAGCUGCUGCACUGCAACAGUGGACUGCGAUCGCGGCUCUGACUGGAUGAACCCGUCUGUUGGCCCGUCCAUCGAUCGGCCCCCCGUCAGCCAGAGGAAGGAUCUGAUGAGCGGCCUGCCGAGGGAGGAGCGAAGAGACGACCUGCUAUGGCCGGAGCAGCUGAUGGCGUAGGCGGUCCGGGUGCUGAGCAGAACCACCUGAGCGUCCCCGUCAGCGGUCCUGGAGCCUGGGCCACGGCCAUGAACAACCUGGGCAUCAUGCCUGUGGGCAUCAGCGGACAGCAGCUGGUCUCAGACUCUCUGUGCAUCCAGAGGUUCGACCCCGGGCUGGGCCUCAUCGCACCCAUAAACCCCAUGAUGGCGGGCAUCGGCCUGGUCCCUCCCCCGCCCGUACCCCCCGACAUGCCCGUCAUCAAGGAGAUCAUCCACUGCAAGAGCUGCACUCUGUUCCCCCAGAACCCCAACCUGCCCCCUCCAUCGACACGGGAACGCCCCCCCGGCUGUAAGACGGUGUUUGUCGGUGGCUUGCCGGAGAACGCCACGGAGGAAAUCAUCAGGGAGGUGUUCGACCAGUGCGGGGAGAUCAUCGCCAUUCGCAAGAGCAAGAAGAACUUCUGCCACAUCCGCUUCAGCGAGGAGUUCAUGGUGGACAAGGCCAUUUACCUGUCAGGGUAUCGGAUGCGUAUCGGAUCCAGCACUGACAAGAAGGACUCUGGGAGGAUCCACGUGGACUUCGCCCAGGCCAGAGACGACCUGUACGAAUGGGAGUGUAAACAGCGCUUACUGGCCAGAGAGGAAAGACACCGCCGCAAGGUCCACGAAAACCUGCUGCGGCCGCCGUCUCCUCCCCCCGUCGUGCACUACUCUGAACACGAGGCGGCGCUGUUAGCAGAGAGACUGAAAGACGACCAUAAGUUCAGCGAGGCUACAGCGGUGCUGUUCACCUGGAUCGACCGGGGCGAAGUCAACCGCAGAACCGCCAAUCACUUCUACUCCAUGAUCCAGUCGGCCAACAGCCACGUUCGUCGGCUGAUGGGUGAGAAAGCUCAGCAUGAGGAGGAGAUGGAGCGCGCCAAAGAGACGUUCAAGAACGCCCUGAUGGCCAUAUUAACACAGUUCGAGCAGAUCACCACCGUUUUCAGCGCCGCCACCAGGCAAAAGGCGUGGGACCAUUUCUCAAAAGCACAGCGCAAGAACAUAGACAUUUGGCGCAAGCAGUGUGAGGAGCUGAGAAACGCCCACAGCGAAGAGAUCAUGGGCAUCCGACGGGAGGAAGAGAUGGAGAUGUCAGAUGACGACUUGGAUGAAAAUCCUUGUAAGAGGAUGCGCACUGAAAAUGGAGUGUAUGAUCAGACUCAGGCGUCUCUGAAGGAGGAGAACGACUCCCUGCGUUGGCAGCUGGACGCCUACAGGAACGAGGUGGAGCUUCUGAGAAAGGAACAGAGCAAAUCCAGCCGACCAGAAGAAGAUCAGUCACAUGGUGCUGAGGCUCAGAUCCAGAGGCUGCAGCAGAGCAUGCACAGCAUGCAGCAGCAACUGCUGAGCCUGCAGGAGCAGCUGGCGAGUAAAGAAGCCGAGCUGGAGCAGGCAAGAGAGGAGCAUCGCUACCUGGAGGGGGAGGUGCUCACGCUACGAGACAAGCUGCUGGCCAGUAACGGCGAGGCUGUGGAGGGAACCAAUGGAGAGCUACAUGAAAAGGGGAUCAACGGGUGUGUUCCUUCGCUGUACCACAGCAGAGAGAGGAGGAGCGAGGUCAUCAUGAGAGGCGGCGUCACAUCAGAAAAAGAGGCCCUGCUUCUGGGCAUCAUAUCGACCUUCCUCCACGUCCAUCCGUUCGGGGCCAACCUGGAGUACCUGUGGUCGUACAUACAGAGGCUGGACUCGAAGGUGUCGGCGGGGGAGCUGGAGCGUCUGAUGGUCCGUCUGCCCAGCAUGUUCAGGCAGGAGCUGAGCGGCGUUGGUGCGACUCUGGAGAAGCGGUGGAAGUUCUGCGGUUUUGACAGCCUGGGUUCAGCGUGACGCAGGGAGACCGCUCGCACACGCCUGAGACCUGAUCCACGUUCCGUUGUCCCAAACCACGAUGGAUAUGUAGCGGCGUGUCGGGCGUUGACGUUCACGGAGGAAAUCUCAAAACCCUUUCACUUGUUGGGUUGACCUGAUCGUCGCCUCACUGAAGAUCCUCAUCACAGUGAGCAGCACCAGAGACCCUCCUCCUGUCGUCCCUCCUUGCUUUGAACUGAAUCGUGGUCCUCUGCUUUGCUGUGGUUGGUUCACCUGGAGCGUGAAACAGCCAGCAGCAACCUGAAUCAGAAAGAGAGUCAAACUUAUACCAAAGUUGAUCCUUCAGAGCAUUUACACAUUGUAAAAAGUUUAUCAAGUAAGUUUCAUGCCAGCCCUCAUCGCAUUCCUCAACAAUAAAAGCAGCCUACUUCAUCCAGAAAGUGUGGGUGUAAUAUUAGAUAUGGUAUCAGUGCCUCGCUAAUGAGAACAGCCUCUCAAAUGGAGCUGAAGAGGAAAGGCUUGUGUUAAAUUCAUAUCCCGCCAUAUGCUAUGUUUUAUGUUUAUGAACCAUGGAGAAAGGAUUUUAAUACACAAAAAUCCCACCCUUAAAUCUCUUGUUGUUUUUACUUUAAAAGAGGUCAUAUGCUUAUUUUCAGGUUCAUAGUUUCAUCUAGGGGGUUUGUACCAGAGUAGGUUUACAUGCUUUAAUAAAGAAAACCUUUUUUUGGGUCAUUUGCUGCAGAUCCUCUUGUCACCCUGUGUGUUGAACGUGCCGGUUUAGCUACAGAGUGAAGCAUAUCACUUCUAUUAGAUCUUUGUUGGGAGCUGCACAUGCUCAGUACCUAGCUAAGGACUACUAGCCAAUCAAGAAGCAGAGUAGGGCGGGUCCUAACCAGUUUAUGAACACUGCUUCGGUUCAGCUACACAACCUAGAUCAAGAGUUUUAGAGCAGUGAGUUACUAUAAAACACAUUUAUCUUUCAUGAUACUUUUAACUGAGCUCUGUCUCUACAUCACAGCUAUGUGUCCACUGACAGUUAAGGAAAACUGCCAAAAAGCGGAAUAUGACGUCUUUAAAGUAAUUUAAAUAUAUGGUUCAAAUAUAGUAAACAGCAACGUAUAAUAUUUAUUAACGGCAGAAAAUAAUGGAGGGAAACUUCUCCGGGGUUUGAGAUAAACCCCCUAGGUGGGGGGGUGGGGGGGGUGAAAGUGGAAAAAGGGCAAUAUUUGAGGAAUACUGUGCGAGGCUGAUGGAAAUAUGAGAGAAUAAUUUUGUAAAGGAUGGCAUGAGGGAGAGGAGAAAAUUCAAUCAUUCCGCUUAAUUUAUUUCAUUAUACUGUGCGAAGAAGCUGCUCACUGGAAGCAGCCGACUGUAUUACUGUAUUUAAAUAUGACGACAUGAUUAACAAUGGUCCUGACUGUGUCCUGCUUUAAAAAUAUAUAUACUUCUUAAGGAAAAGAGUUAACUACAGAUUAGUUUUGCAAACUUUUUCCGUCUGAAUGGAGCGACGGGGGAAAACUUGAUGGAGGAGAACAUGCGAAUGGAGGGAUGAAGAUGCUUUUGUUGGUGUCAGCAUUUUUUUGUCUGCGUUUCCAAAGACCACAGUGCUGUUCGUGUCAAACUCAAAUGAUUAUUAAGUGAUUUUGUAUUGUACUUCCGUAAAGUUAUGGGAGUAUUUGUUUGUUUUCUAAUUUAAAUAAAAAUGUAUUGUCAGUAA